UGUCCAGCGCUAAUCUGAACGUGUGGCAGGGCCCUGUGUUAGGGAGGCAAGAAACUGGCCUGGCCCAGAAGGGGUGAGGGUGGGUGAUGCCCCUGUCGUGGGUGCAGGAGUUCAUCCUGCUUUCUUGGGUUGGCCCCUGAGAAAGUUGUUGUCCACUAGGAUGAGCUUUGUCCUUAUGUCUGAGGAGCAGCCUUGGUGUUCACCAGGCUCCUUAGAUGCCCAGGCCAGUGAGGACUUUGAGGACAAAGAUGAAGACCUUGAACGUGAUUCAGUUGUCUGUGGGGAAAACAGCAUAGAGAACAAAAGGCAGAUUUGAUGCAUAGUUAGGGUUAGGUAGUUAGGGUUGCUGAGGUGAUGCACUGCAUUUUUCUGUACCUGUUGGGAGUUUCCUACAUGCUGAAGGCUGUCCGCCAGCAUCUUGCACUACAGAGGUCUAACCGAGGGGUAAUGAAUCCAUGAGUAUCUAAGGCCAGUUUAUUGUCUGCCAGAUGGAAAUGGCAUCUCCAAGCCAACCGAAGAUGGUAGAAAGAAUUGCUCACGAGUGAUGUGCUUUGGCAGGCUAGGUUCUCAGUCACUGUACUUAAUUUCCCAGUUACAAAUGUGUGAAACAGAUGCAAUUUUUAUAAUGGAAAGAAUGGAAAGAAACAGAGAUCUUAGUUUGCAGACACAGGGCAACAUGGAGCAGUCCUUCACUGUUAGUUCAUUGAAAAAGCUAACUGCCAUUCCUGACCACACAGAUGUUUCUGUGACCCCAGAGGAGCGAGUUCGUGCCUUAACCAAGCUUGGCUGUAAUAUCACAAUAAAUGAGGAUAUUACUCCACGUCGCUACUUCAGAUCUGGAGUAGAGAUGGAACGAAUGGCAUCUGUAUAUCUUGAGGAAGGAAACCUGGAAAAUGCUUUUGUAUUUUAUAAUAAGUUUAUAACCUUAUUCGUAGAAGAGCUGCCCAAUCACCGAGACUAUCAUCAAUGUGCAGUACCAGAAAAACAAGAUAUUAUUAAGAAACUAAAGGAGGUUGCAUUUCCAAAGACAGAUGAACUGAAGAGGGAUCUUUUAAAAAAAUAUAACAUGGAAUACCAAGAUUACAUGCAAAACAAAAACAAAUGUAAAGCUGAAUAUCUAAAGAGACUGGAGCAUGAGAAAUUGAUAGAAGCAGAAAAGAAGCGAAUUGCACAUAUGCGACAACAGCAGAUUGAAUCAGAACAGUUUCAGUUCUUUGAAGACCAACUUAAGAAGCAAGAACUAGCCCGUGAUCAGAAAGUUAAAGAGAAUAUGUUUAUGUCUGAACAGAUUGAUGGGAGUAUGCUGUCUUGCAUUUCUACAUGUCAGAACAACUCCUUAUGUCCCACAUUAUCAGAGAAAGUUAAUCAGAGUGAAACAUCGGUCUGUGCUGGACAGUCUCCUCCAGUAAACCGGGCCUUCAAGCCAGUGGCUACUUUAAGCGCUGUUCAGACACAAGUGGCUGAAGCACUUCGAGGUGUAGUUUUACCCAGAGACCUUUGUCCAAAAUUUCUAUCACUGGCCGAGGAAAAUACAAAAAGAGGAAUAGAAACAUGUGGAAUUCUCUGUGGAAAACUGACACACAAUGAAUUUACUAUUACUCAUGUAAUAGUGCCAAAGCAAUCUGCAGGACCAGACUACUGUGACAUGGAGAAUGUAGAAGAAUUAUUCAGUAUUCAAGAUCAGUAUGAUCUCCUCACUUUGGGUUGGAUCCAUACUCAUCCAACACAAACUGCAUUCUUAUCCAGUGUUGAUCUUCACACUCAUUGUUCUUAUCAGCUAAUGUUACCAGAGGCUAUUGCAAUUGUUUGUUCACCAAAGCAUAAUGACACUGGCAUCUUCAGACUUACAAAUGCGGGUAUGUUUGAAGUUUCUGUCUGUAAAAAAAAGGGCUUUCAUCCACAUACUAAGGAACCUAGACUAUUUAAUACCUGUGCCCAUGUAGUUGGGAAAGAUGUUCAAAUAAUCAUGCGGGAUCUAAGGUGAUGUGGAAGGAAGAUAAAACCUCCUACCUAACAGGUGCCCAAAAUAGAAAAAAUGGCUGUUAUGUUUUCCUACAAUGUUUUCAGGAAGGACUGAUGUUUUAUAUUUAUAUAUUUUACAUUUAAUGAUUUGAUAUUUAUUGCUCUUGCCCAUUUUGAAGCUAUUUUAUUGCCGUGUCAAGAUAGAGUUCAGAAUGUCAUUAAAUCGGGAUCUGCAAAUGUAUCUGAAAUAAUAUAAGACCGCAAUAAAGUGAACUUCAGACAACAAAUGA